AUGUCUUCGCUAUACUUCUUUCUGAUUCUUUUCUUUUAUUCGGCCAAUUCUGAAUUCAUUCGGUUGAAAAGACAAGCAGCUCUUUCGACCAAAGAUGGUAUUGAUAUUCCGUUUACUUUGAGAUCAACUAUAACUUGUUUGACACCGGGAAUCAGAGAGAAUAUUUGUCUGGGUCCACGAGUUCAAGUCUUAAAAGAGGACAGAAUCGGACUCACUAAUCGAAAGGGAGCCACAUAUGGUUAUCACAAUGGUGUGGAUAUUCGGUUGUUGAGAGCGCACAAGUUGCCUCUGAUAAAUGAGGAUACAGAAAUCGGUCGGAGUAUUGGAGCAACUGUAGACGUCACUCGUGACGAUGGCGCAUUGGAAGUGGGCACUCGAGAUAAAAUAUUUCAAGUUUGGAAGCAUAAUAGAGGCGGAUUGGUUGAGUGGGAUAGUCAGGGAGCAGGUGUGGACAUCGGGUCGAGAGCUUCGGUCGCAGACGACCUCAUAAAACUGCGGCACACACUUUUCGGUGUGAAUGUUGGACCGACAUCGAGAAGAAAUAUUGUAGGACCUUAUCAGGUCGGCGAGACAAAAUGGCAAUACCUGAAACCUGAAAACAAUCCGAUUCCCUCACUUUACCACAACUAUUAUGCUGGUAGAGGAGAUUGGUAUAAGAAUCAAUUCAGAAGACCAGGUGCUUUUUGA